AUGGGCGCCCUCCGGGAGCGGGAGCGUGCUGCUCCGCGCAGUGGGCUCGUUCCCGUCGGGCAUCGGCCCGGAGACGGGCUGGCCGGGAGAGCUCACCGGCGGCCGCUGGGAGCGCGGAGGCCGGACGCGCUGCAGCAGCGGGGCGACAGGAGCACGCGCACAGCGCCCGACCCGGCACGCAUGCGCGUCGCGGGGUGGACCCCUCCUCACCCCUUCCCGGGAAGGCCGCCUAGCGUUGCUUGCGAAAUCCGGCCCGGGGAACCCGGAGGCGCCCUAGGGGCGCAGGGCGAGCGAGUGUGCCGCAGGGCCCGCGCCCGCCCCUUCUGUCCCGUGACCCUGCUCGUGGGGAAGGCGGGGAGCGCACACCCUCCCGCGAAACAACGGGACGACUGCGGGCGAGGCGAGGGACGCCGCAGGAGGACCAGCGCGCCGCGAGCUCGCCCAGAGCCAGAGCCGGGGCCCUGCCAGGAGCCAAAGUUCAGCCUCGCCGGGUGGCGCUCGGGAGCGCCUAGGUGCGGGAGCCCGCCGGCCCAGGCCAGGAGGCGCAGGCUGGCGGGGGCGAGGCGGGGAGCAGACGUGCGGGAGGCAAGCCUGGGGCAGAUGUGCGGGAGCCGACGGAGGAGACGCGACGGUGCCCGAGAGGGUCCUGGCGUCCUGCCUCGGCUGGGCCUUGGAGAAACCUCAGCGGCCUCCCAGGCGCCCCGCGCCCUUCCUCGCGGCCCUGAGGCCGGGUUUCCGCCGUGCGCCCCCAGCCGCGGCCCCGGGAGGCGGCGCUGCCGGUGCGGGGUUGGGGCCGGGGGCGCGCUGGGCCCGGCUGGCGUCGAGGCUGCGCGGCCGAAGCGCCGCAGCUCCGCGCACGCCCAGAAGCCGUGGAGCCGGUUCCGGGGCUGCCGGAAGGCGCGGGGCCGGAGGCGGCUCAGUGCCCGCGCAAGCGCCUCACUGCUCGGGCGAGACCCGGGUCUCCGCGGCUGCCCUCGGCCGCCGGACCGCUCGGCGACCCCCGGGGAGGGCGCAGACGGCCGGCCCAAGCCGGGAGCCGCUGGCCAGGGCGCUGGGACGCCUCUACCCAGUGCGGAUGAAGCCUCGGGUAGACUUCCCCGCCCUUCUCCAGAAAAUCGAAUUCUGGGGCCGUGGCUCUCGGGGCCCGCGCGCCGCGGCCGGUCGGCGGCGCGCUCGAGGAUGGCCGGGGCCGCGGCCGGGCGAGCCGAGAACAAGAAAAUGCCGCGCGGACCUGGGGGCGCCCCGGCCCCCUCCCCCUCGCACAGAGCGACGCCCUCAGGGACCCUGUCCUUAGACAAUGGGCGCCUCAGCGCCCUGGGGACUUUGCCUGUGACCAAGCACGCCUCUGGGUUGCGGCCUCCCGCAGGCGCCCAGCGAUGCCCCCUGCCGGGCAGCCGGUGCCCAAAACAGGGCGCAGUCGCCCGGUCCUCCCGCGCCAGCGAGGGCCGGGGCGCCCGGGCGGGGGCCAGCAGCGGGACGGCUGGCGCCGCGUUGGCAGCCAUUUUCUGCAGCUGCCGCGGCCCCGGCUCUGCGGAGCGAGGAGCCGGCCGCGGCCGCCAGACAGGGGCUGUGGGGGCGACGGGCGCGUGGUCGCCGGCAGGGGCGGCCGGCGAGCGAGGGCGCGGGGGCGCGGGGGCGCGCGGGCGGCUGGAGCCCGCGCCCUCCCCGGCUGCGGCGCGGGCAGAGCGGGGCCGCUCCGCGUGGCCACUGUCCAGCCCCGGAGAGCCGCUCGGGAGCCCCUUCCACAGCGGCUCGUCCGGCGGGGUCCGCGCCCCAGCCCACCCUGGCUGCGGGAAGGGGCCUGCUUUUCCCCUUCUCUCGACGCCCCUGCGCGGGGACGCGAGGCCCAGGUUCCGCGAGGGCGUGGGCGGCGGAGGCAGCCCCUGCUUCUCCUUGCCGGGAGAACCCCCGCCGCCCGCGGACUCCGCCUCCCCCACACGGUCGCCAGCCCGCGUGGAUUCCGAGCCCGGCUCCGGAAACCAGUCUGACCACUUCGCCCAUUUCCCAAGCCUCCCCGGGGCGGGCGGCCGGCUCGGGGUGGGCCAACACUGGCCACUCCGUCCGCCCUCCGGCGCCGCCCUCCCGGGCUCCAACUCUCCCCCGGGCUCCCGCCACCUCCCCGCCAUCCUGAACCACGCUGACCUCUUCCGCCCCGGGCCCCCCGCACGGGCUUCGGGCAGGGGAGGCGCCCGGCGCACCCCAAACCCCUGGGGCCCCGCGCGGCCCCUGGCCCCGCUCGGGCAGCUGGAGACCGCCGCGUCCGCAGAAGGCUGGCCUCGCUCGGGUCAGCGGCUUCCUGGCCCCCCGGGCCGCACCCGAGCCGGGGUUCCCCGCGCCCCCUCGGGGCCCUCAACUCCUUCCGCACCCGCGACGCCACGAGCCCCGGCCAGCGAGCGCCGCCGCCGCCUCCUGCCUCGUUCCGCGGGCAGCUCCCUGCCCCCGCCCGCCCGCGCCUCGGCCGGGGCCUCCGGCCUAGUGGCUUCCGGGGAGAGCGCCGGCAGAGACCGAGGCCCGCGGGCCCUCGGCGGGGAAGGGCCGGGGAUGCGGACGAGGGGCGCCCGCGGGACCUGGCCGCCGGGCGGGGACUUGGAGCUCGGGUACCCCUGCCGCGCCUGGGGCUGGGGGCGCGGGACCGAGACCACCGCAGCCGCGCGCCAGCCCCCCCUGCGCGCUCCACUUCUCAAGACUGGACCGGCGGGCGCCGUGGACACCGCGGGCCGGGCAACCCCCGGGCACCGGGACGGCUCGGCCCGGAGCAGACCCCGAGCGCCGCAGGUGUCCGCGGAGGCGGAAGUAGGCGAGGGGCGAGGGGCAGGGCCGGCCCCUCCGCGCUCGGCUCACACCGCGAAAAUGCACCUUUGA